UCUGACUCACCUGGUGCCCCAGGUAAAAGAAAUCCAGAUAAAAGGCAGGAGGGAGGGAGAGAGAGAGAGAGAUCUGAGCUAAGCAGCAAUGAAGGGCCCCUCACCUAUUACCAACCUCCUGCUGCUACUGUUGCUCCUGAGCCCAGACCCUGGAGAAGAAUUGCCACUGCCACCCAGCACUACCUGCUGUACUCAGCUCUACCGAAAGCCACUGCCAAACAAGCUACUAAAAAAGGUCAUCGAGGUGGAACUGCAAGAGGCUGAUGGAGACUGUCACCUUCAGGCAAUCAUCCUUCACUUGUCAGGACGCAGUGUCUGCAUCCACCCCCAGAACCACAGCCUGGCCCGCUGGUUUCAGCAUCAAGGGAAGAGGUUCCAGAGGACUCUGCCAAACUAGAUUUGAGACUGAGAAGGAAAAUGGAAUUAGGCUCCUAAAAGGCAAAGUAAUUAAAGCAGCAUUGGACAGCAGUCUCUGACCUCCAAGUUCUAAGCACUCUGCUGUGAACCCUGAAUCUGGAGCUGGAAGACACAUCAAUAAGCAGAAGAAUGGAGCCAGGUGGUGGUACACCUGGUUAAGCACUCACAUUACAGUGCUCAAGGACUCAGGUUCAAGCCCUUGAUCCCCACCUGCAGGGGGGAAGCUUCACAGGCUGUCUCUCUCCCUCCCUAUCUCCUCCCCCCUCUCAAUUUCUAUCUCUAUCCAAUAAUGAAAAUUUUAAAAAAUUGUAAAUAAAAAUAAACAAGAAUAUCUUCAAUCUCUUUAUUCACACUUUCACAACCCCCACCAGGGGCAAAGCCAGGAGCCCAGGACCCACAUACACACAUUCCAUGCACCUACAUACAUGCAUGCAGAGAACACAUUUCCUGCCUCACAUACACAGAGACCCAUGGCACAGACAGACACACAGACACCUACACACAUUCUUUCAGUGGACCUUCUGCUC